AAAAGUUAAGUGACUGAGCAGCGGCGCCAUUGGGAUAGUGAGAUCACAGAUGAUGUAUCAGAAAGCUCACACUUCUCACCAAUGCCAUCUGAGGAAAAGCCUGCCUCACCUUCCAAGCCACCCGUUUCAAAUGCCUCAGCUACCCCAGUUGGGAGAAGGGGCCGUCUGGCCAACCUUGCUGCAACGAUUUGCUCCUGGGAAGAUGAUGUAAGCUACUCAUCUGCAAAGCAAAAUAGUGUACAAGAACAGCCUGGUACCGCUUGUUUAUCCAAAUCCUCCUCUGCAAGUGGACCAUCUGCUAGCAUCAAUAGUAGCAGUGUUCAGCAGGAAGCUACAUGCUGUUCCCAAAGGGAUGGCAAUGCCUCUGUCAAGAAAGACCCAACUUCAAAUGCUGCCGAUGGGCCUUUGCUUAAAGCCUCAGUGUCCAGCCCUGUGAAAGCAUCUUCUUCCCCUGUGAGAUCCGCUCCAUUCAUCACUAGAAACUGUGAGGUGCAGAGUCCUGAGCUACUUCACAAAACUGUUAGUCCUCUGAAAACAGAGGUGUUGAAACCAUGUGAGAAGCCAACUUUAUCCCAGGCACUUCAGCCCAAAGAGGGAGCUAACAAGGAAGUUUGUCUACAGUCACAGUCCAAGGACAAACUUGCAACACCAGGAGGAAGAGGAAUUAAGCCUUUCCUGGAACGCUUUGGAGAGCGUUGUCAAGAACACAGUAAAGAAAGUCCAACUUGCAGAGCAUUUCAUAGAACCCCAAAUAUCACUCCAAAUACAAAAGCUAUCCAGGAAAGAUUAUUCAAGCAAAACACAUGUUCAUCUACUACCCAUUUAGCACAGCAGCUCAAACAGGAGCGUGAAAAGGAACUGGCGUGUCUCCGUGGCCGAUUUGACAAGGGCAGUCUCUGGAGUGCAGAGAAGGAUGAAAAGUCAAGAAGCAAACAGCUAGAAACCAAACAGGAAGUUCACUGUCAGAACUCUCCCCUCAAGAAACACCAAAUUGUCUCAGGCACCCCGUCGACCUCUGUGUCAGAUAAAGUGGCUGAGACUCCAACCGCAGUGAAGAUUUCUGGUACAGAGCCUGCAGGUUCCACUGAAAGCGAAAUGACAAAGUCCAGCCCUUUGAAAAUAACAUUGUUUUUAGAAGAGGAGAAGUCCUUAAAAGUAGCAUCAGACCCGGAGGUUGAGCAGAAGACUGAAGCAGUGCAUGAAGUAGAGAUGAGUGUGGACGAUGAGGAUAUCAACAGCUCCAAGGUCAUUAACGACAUCUUCAGUGACGUCCUAGAGGAAGGGGAACUGGACGUGGAAAAGAGCCAAGAGGAGAUGGACCAAGUGGGAACGGAAAGCAGCGAGGAGCAGGAAGAUGCGCUGAAUAUCUCCUCAAUGUCUUUACUUGCUCCGCUGGCUCAGACGGUCGGCGUGGUGAAUCUACAGAAUGUAAUUUCUUCACCUGAGUUGGAAUUGAGAGACUCUAGCCUGAGUGCUCCAAGUCCCAAACCAGGAAAAUUCCAAAGAACUCGUGUCCCCCAAGCCGAAUCUGGUGACAGCCUCAGUUCUGAGGACCGGGACCUUCUUUACAGCAUUGAUGCAUAUAGGUCUCAAAGAUUCAAAGAAACAGAACGCCCUUCCAUAAAGCAAGUGAUUGUUCGAAAGGAAGAUGUUACUUCAAAAUUGAGUGAAAAGAAUGGUGUCUUUUCUGGUCAAGUUAAUAUCAAACAAAAAAUGCAGGAACUCAAUAAUGACAUAAAUUUGCAGCAGACAGUGAUCUAUCAGGCCAGCCAGGCUCUCAACUGCUGUGUUGAUGAAGAGCACGGGAAAGGAUCCCUGGAAGAAGCUGAGGCAGAAAGGCUCCUUCUGAUUGCAACUGAGAAAAGAGCACUUCUGAUUGACGAACUGAAUAAGCUGAAGAGUGAAGGACCUCAGAGGAGAAACAAGACCGCUGUCGCAUCCCAGAGUGGAUUUGCCCCAUCUAAAGGGUCAGUCACCUUGUCAGAGAUCUGCCUGCCUCUGAAGGCAGAGUUUGUCUGCAGCACCGCGCAAAAGCCAGAGUCAUCGAAUUACUACUACUUAAUUAUGCUAAAAGCUGGGGCUGAGCAGAUGGUGGCCACCCCAUUAGCAAGUACUGCAAACUCUCUUAGUGGUGAUGCCCUGACAUUCCCCACCACGUUUACCCUGAAUGAUGUUUCCAAUGACUUUGAAAUAAAUGUUGAAGUUUACAGCUUGGUACAAAAGAAAGAUUCCUCAGGCCCUGAGAAGAAGAAGAAGGCGUCCAAGUCUAAGGCUAUUACUCCAAAGAGACUCCUCACAUCUAUAACUUCAAAAAGCAGCCUUCAUGCUUCAGUUAUGGCCAGUCCAGGAGGUCUCAGUGCUGUGCGCACCAGCAACUUUACCCUAGUUGGAUCUCACACACUAUCGUUAUCUUCUGUUGGAGACACUAAGUUUGCUUUGGACAAGGUACCUUUUUUGUCUCCAUUGGAAGGUCACAUCUGCUUAAAGAUAAGCUGUCAAGUGACUUCAACUGUUGAGGAGAAAGGUUUUCUUACCAUAUUUGAAGAUGUUAGUGGCUUUGGUGCCUGGCAUCGAAGAUGGUGUGUUCUCUCUGGCAACUGUAUUUCUUACUGGACUUACCCAGAUGAUGAGAGGCGAAAGAAUCCCAUAGGAAGGAUAAAUCUGGCCAAUUGUAUCAGUCAUCAGAUAGAACCAGCCAACAGAGAAUUCUGUGCAAGACGGAACACUCUGGAAUUAAUUACUGUCCGACCACAAAGAGAAGACGACCGAGAGACUCUUGUCAGCCAAUGCAGGGACACACUCUGUGUCACCAAGAACUGGCUCUCUGCAGACACUAAAGAAGAGCGGGAUCUCUGGAUGCAGAAACUCAACCAGGUGAUUGUGGACAUUCGCCUCUGGCAGCCGGAUGCUUGCUAUAAGCCUGUCAGAAAGCCCUGAACCCAGGGAACUUCAGGACCGUGGAGAGACUUCGCUAGCUGUGUUAGAAAGUGUCCAAGGAAGACAUGGUUAGAAGCACCAGAUUUGCAAGUUGUAUUUUAUGCUUUAAAUAUAAAAGGGUAUGUGCAAAUAUUCACUACAGAUUAUGCAGUAUUUAUAUCUUUUCUAUGUAAAACUUUACCCAGUUUGUCUUACAUACAUGUUUAACUGUCAAAUACUUAAAAUAGUCAAGAGAAUUGAUAUUCAUGUUUAAUACGUUAAGAGUUUCAUUUUAUAGAAACCUCGCUAGCCAUUUAUUCAUGACAAAGAGUAUAUAUUAUAAUCAAGUUCUGAAUUGUAUUUGGGAGCUGUGGGUUUUAAGGUCCCCUGUAGGUCGUAAACAGAAACAUCUAGUUUGAUGAGUCCCUCUCCAGCCUCGGUGGUUUUUUGAAAAGGUUGUGGCCAUUCCUGGCUCAUGAUAUGACCAGGGUACUGAAUGUAAUCUCAGAGGGUUUACAGGAAUGUGUUUAGUAAGGAGCUGAGAAGAGACAACAGACGCUUACUAAUCUAAUAGGAACUCAAAGCUGCUUUCUGAAGAGAUGUGGACAGUGACACAGUGACAUUGGGGCUAAAUAUUGUACCAGAAGCAUUAAGAAUUACACAGCUCACAUUCACUCCGACUCUGUGUGCAGUGUGGGGCAGAUUGUCAGUGUUCAGGCUUUAUUAAACAGCUAUUUUUCAUGUAGUUUAGGAUCCUCAUUAACAUGUUCAGCCUUUUCUCUUAUAACAAGAGCAAAUGUAAAUUGAAGAACACAUACAUAAGAAUUUCUACCAAGCUGCUGUGACUACUCCUUUGCUUCCCAGAGUUCUUGUCUCGUUUUCCUUUCAUGUUAAUCUAAGACACUUUACAAAUCUGUUUUGAGAUCACUGAAAAAUAUAUAAAGCUAUGCAUUCCCUUUAAAGCCCAAUGCCUUCUUGCAAUUUAAAAAUAUUACAAUGCAUGGCUGCAGUUUUUAAAUAGUCUGUGUUUCUCCUCUGACUGUCAGUUAUUGAUGGUUUCAUUUAUAAACACUAAAUUCUAUCACUUGCCAUUAUAUUUCUUACUCAUUUAAAUGUGGGUUUUCUUAUGUAUAUUAUAAAAGUAUUUUAUGACUCCUACAUAAAUAAAUAAUUGUGAAUUGUCAAAAAAAAA